UAAUUCAGCGUAUCUCAACAUUUCGACGUUGGAGAUGACGAAUUAAGCGUGUUUUUCCCAUUAAAUAUUUAAAGACGCACCUUAGUAGUUCUUGGAUGCAGUAAACUGCAAGAGUGAUAUAACGAAUCGGAAUUUGGAUCAGUUUUCUUCUUUGGAAGAUAUGAGAGUUAUAGCGAUCGAACCGGUUUUGCUUUCUCUCUUUGUAUGGAUUUUUCUCUCCUUUGGAAGGGCAAUUCCAAAUCAGUCUUCGAUUUGCAGACAGCCUAUGGACACUGGGCUAUGUCGACAGGCACUCCCAAGAUGGUAUUACAAUGCCACUACAAGAAAAUGUGAAAAAUUUAUUUUUGGGGGAUGCAAAGGCAACAACAAUAACUUUAAGACUAAAGAUGACUGUAAAAGAAAUUGCACAGGACCAGAAGUUGCAGGUUUUUCAAGACAAGAAACGAAUACUGGAACUGGGAAGACUGAAAAAGGAAACAGAUUGGUGGAUAAAAAGGGAGCUGGUAAACCAUUCCAAUCAUUGCAAGAAAAAGGCAAUCGUAAACUAAAGACCAGAAAUGAUGAAAACACAGAGUCAGUCAGCCAACAGUCUACUGGCCCUGAAGAAAAAAAGGAUCUGAUGCCUAAGUUGGGUAAAGGGAGAAAUGCAGAUUUAUUCAGUAAACAUUCUCAAGGAUCUAAAGACAAAGAAAAAAUUGUGCUAAAAUCCAGUAAAGGUGGAAGUACAAAUUCAUUGCCUCAAGCAUUUCAGAAAGGAGAGAAUCUUACAAUAGAGUUAAAAAUUAAAAAUGGAAGUAAUGAUUCUCUUAGUGAGCAGUCCCAAGCAUCUAAUAAAGAAGGGAAUCAUAUGACUGGAUCCAGUAAAAAUGAAAGUAUAGGUUUAGUCGAUGAACAGUCUCAAGCAUCCAAUGGGAGUCAUGCAUCUGGAUCCAGUAAAAAUGAAAGUGUAGAUUCAGUGAUUAAAUUAUCCCAAGUAUCUGGAAAAGAAGGGAGUCGUACAUCUGGGUUAAAUAAAAAUGGACAAAAAGAAUCAGUCAAUGAAAAGACCCACGCACCCAAAGAAAAUGGGAAUCUGAAGCUCAAGUCUGUUAAAGCUGAAAGUGGUAAUUCAGAAGAAGAGAAUGCUGUGCCCCAGUCUCAUGAAGAGGGAAAUGCAGAUUUAGUCAAUGAACCAUCCUCAGCAGCUGAAGAAAAAGACAAUGCUAUGCCCCAGUCUCUUGAAAGGGGAAAUGUAGAUUCAGUCAAUGAAUCUUCCUCAGCGCCUAAAGAAGAAGAGAAUGCUAUGCCCCAGUCUCAUGAAGGGGGAAAUGCAGAUUCAGUCAAUGAACCAUCCUCCACACCUAAAGGAGAAGAGAAUGCUGUGCCCCAGUCUCAUGAAGGGGGAAAUGCAGAUUUAGUCAAUAAACCAUCCUCAAUAGCUAAAGAAAAAGAGAAUACAGUGCCCCAGUCUCAUGAAGGGGGAAAUGAAGAUAUAGUCAAUGAACCAUCCUCAGCAGCUAAAGAAAAAGAGAAUGCUGUGCCCCAGUCUCAUGAAGGGGGAAAUGCAGAUUUAGUCAAUGAACCAUCCUCAGCAGCUAAAGAAAAAGACAAUGCUAUGCCCCAGUCUCUUGAAAGGGCAAAUGCAGAUUCAUUCGAUGAAAAGACCCAAGCACUCAAAGAAAAUGGGAAUCUGAAGCUCAAGUCUGGUAAAGCUGAAAGUGGUAAUUCAAAAGAAGAGAAUGCUGUGCUUCAGUCUCAUGAAGGGGGAAAUGCAGAUUUAGUCAAUGAACCAUCCUCAGCAGCUGAAGAAAAAGAGAAUGCUAUGCCCCAAUCUCCUAACAGGGGAAAUGCAGAUUUAGUCAAAGAACCAUCCUCAGCAGCUGAAGAAAAAGACAAUGCUAUGCCCCAGUCUCCUAAAAGGGGAAGUACAGAUUCAGAAGAGAAAAAUCUUCAGCCAGAUUCCAGGAAAGGUGGUAGAGAUGAUGAAUCAGAAAAAAACCAGAAUAACAGAGGAAGACAAUCAGAAGGCUAUCGAAGGGGACAGGAGGACCGUGAGGAUAGCCUGGGUUUUCGUCCUGAAGAUUACGCAAAGAAGGGCAUCUAUCGUGGCUCAGACUCGUAUGAACACAGGUCAAGUCACUUUGCUGCCUAUUUCCUAACUUCUAUUGUAAUGGUUUUUGCUGCUUAUGCUCUGUACCACAACAGACAAAAGAUUAUAGCAAUCAUUAUAGAGGGCAAGAGUGAUGACAGUAGCAGGAGACGCGGUUACAGGAAACUGGAAACUAACGUAGAAGAAGCCAUGCCGUCACUGAAAAGUGCAAACUCGACAUACGUGUAUUAGAAUUUCUGUAAAUUGAAAAGUAGAAAUUCGUUUAUUUACAAAAAGGACAAAAUAUGUAGCAAUACGUCAAACGAACAGACAAAGGUGAUAGACUGGGAAACGUACUCGAUCAAAAGUUAAACAUUUGUUGCUGAUUUUUGAGACGACUUUCGGCCAGUAUUUGAUGAAAGUGUUUUAUAAGAAUUAAUAUGCCGGACUUUUGUUGUUGCUUUUGCCUUUCAAAAUUCUUUAAAUUUCUAAAGGCUUCAAUCUUCAGUGGUGUAAAGUUUAUUGCGAUGGACUAGCCUCUGUUGCUAGUCCGUGGGCUCUAAUGUAUUAUGAGACAAAGUUCUGUAUGUAAUUCAUAAGAAAACAAAAUGGAUUAAAUGCUUGGCCUUCA